AUGAAUACUGACAAGGCUGUUACAUUUGGAGCCUUAAUUACAAGAAAUAUUGGAGUAGUGAGUGGUCUGGCCUACAUGGUUGUUCAACUAUUGGGAAGUAUUGUUGGAGCUUCAUUAUGUUUAGGAAUUGGAAAGAGUGUCGAAGCAGCCGUGUUUAAUCCACCAACUGAAUUGGCAGAUGCAUGGAGAGGAUUUGCUUUGGAAAUUAUUUUAACCUUUGUGUUGAUGAUUACCAUUUUUGGUACAGCUAUUAAGCCACAACAUUUUAGAAAGAAUGAUGGAAUGGGUUCUGUCGGUGGAUUAAUUGCUGCCUUUCCAAUUGCUUUUGCAUUAGGAGCAGAUGCAAUGGCUGGUCCAUUGACAGGAGCUUCCAUGAAUCCAGCACGUGCCUUUGGUCCUCAAUUGAUUGGAAAUAUAUGGCCUACUCAUUCCUGGAUUUAUUACACGGCACCAUUUCUUGGUAGUGCUUUGGGUGCAUUAUGUUACGAAUUUGUAUUGACCAAGCCAAAGAAAUUGAGUCACUAUGCCUCUCUCUUGCAUAUCAAGACAAAGAGUCAUGACAGUGAAGAGGAAGAAGAAUUUAAUGAGAAGAAUGGAUUAUUGAAAUCUUCAUCUUCAAAGGAUGGAAUGUUAUAUACGAGUACCAAUUAA